GGCGAUUGUUUCGCUCGACGUCGGUUUUCUCAGUUGGCGUCGCGAUUUCAUAGCAAUAGCUGGAAUUCGCGCAUUCACAGUGUUUUGCCGGCUUCCGUCGCCGGCAACGAAAAAAGUUUUCAAGUGGUUUUCAAUCAGGAAAUUUUUAUGAUUGCUGGAGAUUAAAAGACAAUUGAACGGCCGUCUGCAAUCUAUUAAACUAAGGUGAAUUGAGGCCUUGAGUGCUAAUUGCUGUUAAUCAACGAUUUAGUUAGCAGAAUUAUGACUCAGAAACUGUAAUCAAGAACGUAUCAAAACCAUCAGAAGACAUUUCAGCUAUGAUGAAUAUGCAGUCCACGCCAAUGUUGAGUCCCCAAAGUGCGGACUCAACACCGAAACGAGAUUGGAAACAGAGACUCAGCCUUAGGGACCACCGGAAACGAGAUACGGACAGCACUGUAGUCAAAAGGGGUAUCGGUCGGCGUUGGACCAGCUUAAAACAACAUCCCAAAUUAUUUUCAGAAUCGCCAAACGACAGUGGCACCGACACAACCACUCCUCUUUCAACUCCCACGUCCACAGCCACAACCAGCCCAUUUUCGGGUGGCGGCGGCACAUCGGGAAGCGUUGGAGUAUCAGGAGGUGAAAUUACCAGGAAAAGUAACUGGCAAGUGAUUGAGCAUUUUGGUUCCAAAGACAAAGGAAGUUUAUCUUCAAGUUUAAUAGCGGUUGGAAGCAUUACACGAUCGCCUCCUAACCGGGACAAUGGCUCCGGGCCAAACUCCCCGGAUCCAGAAAGUCGCGAAGUCGAAGCCGAUCUUCUGGUCUCGCCGGCGUCAAGAAAGGACAUGCCCGGAUUCUUUAGAAAGCUCCUGCGACUUCUCAGGAAACUAUGUAGUACUCAUCAGUUUAAAAACGAACAAGUUGAAAUGUUAUACCAAAGAUAUUUUCUGAAAAUGAAUCAAAGCAAUAUGACGAAUUUGAUAUCGCUGUUAUUGCUUCUCUGCAUCGGAUUCAUAUUGCUUGGCGCUGUGGAUUUUGUGCUGCCGCGAGUGGAGGAUUUUCAUUCCGCUUUUGAAGACUCACCCCGCUUAGAUUAUUUAGUUGCACUUAUGUGUACUUCGGCUUGCUGUAUUGCUGUAUAUGGCGUUUUACUCACGUUUGUUUCCAAGCCUGCGAUGAAUGAAGUGUACUUGAUUAUUAUAUCCUAUUUUAUUUUAUUUACCUUCGUAGUACUACAGAUCUGUAUAGCCAUUUUCUUUGGCAAAGGAAGACCGCUGAUUGGUGCAGCAUUUGCCGUAAUAUCGACAUAUUUAACUUAUGCACUUAUGCCGAAUCGACUGAAAGAUGCCGUUUUAUCUGGAGCGAUUUUAGCUGUGAUUGAACUAGUAUUAUUGAUUUAUGUAGGACAUUUAAGGAGAUUCUCAGAUGUAAUCAGCAAUUUUAUUAUUUUGUUGUGCGCUAAUCUCGCAGGCGUCUGUACCCAUUAUCCAAGAGAAGUCGCCCAGAGGAAAGCUUUUUUAGAAACAAGACAAUGCAUUGAAGCCCGCUUGAAAAUACAAAGGGAAAAUCAACAGCAGGAAAGGCUACUUUUGUCAGUACUGCCUCGACAUGUGGCAAUGGAAAUGAAAGCCGACAUUGCCGGUCAACCUAAAGAAGAACAAUUCCACAAAAUCUACAUUCAAAGGCAUGAUAAUGUAAGCAUCCUGUUCGCCGAUAUUUGCGGGUUCACGACCUUAUCGGAUCAGUGCACAGCAGAAGAACUCGUACGCAUCCUUAACGAACUGUUUGCUCGAUUUGAUAAGUUAGCAGCCGAGCAUCACUGCUUGAGGAUAAAACUCCUAGGGGAUUGCUACUAUUGCGUGUCCGGCUUACCCGAACCCAGGCCUGAGCACGCUCAAUGCACAGUUGAGAUGGGUUUGGACAUGAUUGAUGCCAUCGCGUUAGUCCGGGGAGUUAUGGACGUAAAUGUUAAUAUGCGAGUGGGCAUUCAUACAGGCAGAGUCCAUUGUGGCGUACUGGGACUUCGCAAAUGGCAAUUUGAUGUCUGGUCUAAUGAUGUAACUUUAGCUAAUUACAUGGAAAGUGGAGGAAUUCCUGGGCGUGUUCACAUAACGAAGGAGACCCUUAAGUGCUUAGGGAAUGAUUAUAUGGUGGAACCAGGGCACGGCGGCGAGAGAAACUCUUACCUUAAGGACCACAACAUCGACACGUUCCUGAUUGUGGCGCAGUCCUAUCGAGGGGGUGGUGUGCCUCAUCAAAGCCAUUCUAUGAACGGAAAUGUAGCCAAAGAAAUGAGAAUAAUGGGCCACGGUGCGCAGCACGGACAUUCCACAAAACCAUUCAGUGAACCAACAGAGUCGAGAGAGAAAAAUCCCGAAGACGAAGUGAACGAGUACCUCAUGAAAGCCAUUGAUGCCAGAAGCAUUGAUAGACUAAGGACGGAGCAUUGUAGAAUACUACUGUUAAACUUUAGAGAUCCUAACAAGGAAAGAAAAUAUGCAUUGGAGCGGGAUCGAAUGCUGACUCUUUACUUCGUUUGUUCUACCUUCUGCUUUGCUGCCAUAAUUUUAGUGCAAGUAACAGUAUUUAAAAGCAACAAGACUGCUCUGCUGUAUUCAGUUCCUGUAAUAUUAUUUCUUACAAUUAUUCCAAUAGUCGUUUACAUGGAUAACGUGAAUGCUAGGCAUUUCCUGAAGAAAAUGUUUUCAUUGUCCAGGAUGAUCCACAAAAACAGAAAUAUCGCUCAAAUUUUCUGUGUAUUUAUGGCUGUAUGCAUUUAUAUUCUAGUCUUGCUGCGAAGUCUGACGUUACCAGAAGAAAUUCAGUGUGUAAACGCCACUAUGAUAGAGAGUAACUGUACAGAUUUUUUAUUGAACUUUGAGGCAACUAAUGGAGUUGGCAGCAAAGAUUGUAAACCUUAUUAUUUAGUUGAUAAUCUUCUGCUUUUGGUACUAAUCUCCAUGAUAGCUUGUGCUGUAUACCAAAUACUAAUUUCGUUAGUAAAGAUGAUUAUUCUACUUGGUGCCAUGGCUGGAUUCCUGGCUGUUUAUGUUACAUACUCCAAGAAGAUUGAUUUAAUCUACAAAACCGCUUGUGUUUAUAAAUAUAGUGAGGAUGACACGCUAACCCAUCACUACAUCAACAUCGUAAUUCUAGUUGGAUUUGUUAUAGCGCUAAUUCUUCAUGGACAACAGACCGAGGCCACGUACCGGCUGGAUUUUGUGUGGAAAUUACAAGCGACAGAGGAAAAAGAAGAUAUGGAACACUUGGAAGCUUAUAACAGAAAGCUGUUAGCUAAUAUAUUACCAGUGCACGUUGCGGAGCAUUUCCUGAACACGGAGAAAAAUAAUGAUGAGCUGUACCAUGAACAGUGCGACUUUGUGUGCAUCAUGUUUGCUUCAAUUCCUAACUUUUCUGAGUUCUACGUGGAGCUGGAAGGAAACAACGAAGGAGUGGAGUGCUUGAGGCUUUUAAACGAAAUCAUUGCCGAUUUUGAUGAAAUCUUGUCUGAAGAUCAAUUUAGAUACAUCGAAAAGAUCAAAAGUACGGGAGCRACGUAUAUGGCGGCUUCAGGUUUAACCCAGAGCACUUGUGACAUGCAAGGAUUUCGUCAUGUAACCGCUAUGGCCGAUUACGCUUUGAGGCUUAAAGAGCAGCUCCAAGAUGUGAAUGAACACUCGUUUAAUAAUUUCCGAAUUCGAAUUGGUAUUAACGUUGGUCCAGUGGUAGCUGGUGUGAUUGGAGCCAGAAAACCGCAGUACGACAUAUGGGGCAACGCCGUUAAUGUUGCUUCCAGAAUGGAUAGUACUGGAGUAUGUGAUAAAAUACAAGUAACGAAAGAGGUUUACCAGAUUUUAAGUACAAAAGGUUUCGCACUUACUUGCAGAGGAACGAUCGAGGUGAAAGGAAAAGGCUCGAUGGAAACGUACUUUUUGGACGGCAAAUAUAAAGCACCGUCUACUCACAUAACAGUGAAUCCCCUGGCUGUCUCCCAAUCUAUGAAUAGUUCUGUGUUAGGAACCAUUUCAGAAAGGAAUUAAAAGUUAGCAUUUAUUAUUUAACUUCGAUCGGAUUCAUUAAGAAACUUAAUUACAUUUUUGGGCUUUAUGAAAAUUGGGUGAAAUUUGGGGAAACUUAAUCAGAAGGACAACUUAUAAAUUGGUGUAGUUCAGAUGAAUUUAUAAGUAUGUUAUUAGAUGACGAAUUGAUUGCAAUUUAAGGAUCAAAGUUCUAAGUGAAUCCGAUUUUGGAUAUUUUGGCGGAGGUAGAAUGUAUUGUACAUUUUGCAAUUUAGUAAUGGUGAAUUGUUUUGCUACUCCAGUUGUUCCUCAGUUCAGUUGCUCCCAAAUUGUUCCUCAAGAAGAAAGAGGGAAGAAACAAUAGAUUCAAAAUGAUUAAGUUCAAUAGAUGAUGACCCUCAAACAACCAGAUAAUUUUUCUCCUGAUGUACAAAAUCAAUCUUCCUAGGCACUUUUAUUUUAAUAACAAAAAAUGUCAUAUGCCUUAUAGAUCCAAUUCAUUUUAGCACUUAUAUUAAAAUACAGAAUCUGUAUUAAUUGUAAGGAAUGGCAAAACUGUGGGCAACAGUUAAUAUAAAUUUAAAUUCAGUUGAGAAAAGUUACAAUGUUAGAGAUCGCGACUAUUUGCCAAUAAAAAAAUGCAUUUAGUUGCAAUUACAAAAAAAAUUAUAGGAAAUGUCCUUUCUUUUCAGAAUAAAUUUAGUGUCUUUUUUUUAUCAAAAUUUCUCAUAAACUGUUUCUCCUAGUCAAACUGAUUUUGACAGAGAGAAAAAGAAGAAAACUUUAAGUGAAUGAAUCAAAAAGAUGAAAAUUUUAAGUCCAAAUCUUAAAGUUCGUGUAACGGAAAGAGAAAAAACCACACAGUAUUUUCGAGCCGAUGGUCCAUCGAAAUGAAUCCAAGACAAAUAUGUCUGGCAAUACAUAAUAGCACUAAAUUGGCUUUUGUACCUAUCCAAUACUUGUAUUUAUGGUUCUGCUUUAUUCCUCUCAUGUAGUCACCAACAUGAAAAUGCUCUAUUUGAAACUGUAAAAGUAGUUAUUUUGAGUUCUGAUUGAUCAGCGCCUUUAAAAGUACCGAAAUAUGAAUUUUAUAUAUAUGUUAUGCAUAGCAAGUAUUUCAUACUUUUUCAAAAAAUGGCAGACAAAAUAUUUUAGUCAAAGGUUUUGUUGGACUUAACAAGGCAAUAAAGUAGUUAAAAAUAAAAUGUUGGGCUAAAUAUCAAAUAGACGAUGUAAAUUAAUGCAAUAUAAAAUUGUAAUCUCACAUAGGUUACAGUGUAUAGAGAAUUAAAAUGUGAUGUGUUCGAUGUAUAUUGGAUCCUGAAUCACAUUUGACAGUAAUGUUUUUUUUUUCAGGAAAAAAUAGCAUUAUUAUUUAACACUCCAGUUACCACAAUAGUGCUUCUUAUUGAAUUUUAAGGACCAAAAACUGUUGAGGUAUUUUACAGCUGUAUAUACCGAACAUCAUUGAAUAUUUUUGUGUUUUUGAUAAUCAAUACCUACUUUUCUUAUCGCCAACGGAAAUAUUAUCAAUACAUAUUUCGAAAAACCAUGCCACAUCUUGCUAACUUGUAACCAUGCAUAUACCUCCAUCAAAACAUUUAACAAUAAACGACGGCUUCUGAAUGUAACAAAAUGUCUGUGUAGUUACUCUGUAGUUAGUAGGUACUCUCUAUGGCCUAAUAUUUCAACACUUCUGAUAGUUCCCAAAGGUUGUGAUUUGUGAUGGAGUCUUAUUGUUGUAUAAUUGUACUAUACCAAAUGAAAAUUAAAUAUAUUGAGAGCAAAUGAAAAUUAAGCAUAAGAUUUAAAAUAUGUGUGCAGCUUUGAAGUUCGUUAUUUAUUGCUCAUUAUAUGGAAAUUUAUAUGGUAUAAUUUAAUUUAACUUUGAAGUAUGACCGAUAAGUUAAAUUAUACGAAAAUAUUUCAACUAAUUAGUUUUUUAAUAGUCCUCCGCAGGAAUUGCGCAAGAGGUCAGUGUUUCGUAUUUAUUACCCUCGAUUCCAUCAAAGUCGAUUCCAUCAAAUCAAACAUAUACAAACUCACUGUCCUGAGAUAUAUUUUAGAAGAUAAAAUGUAUGUAAAGUGUUAUAGAAAUGGAGCAAAAGAUAUCGGAAUAUCGUGAUGGAAUUUGUAUAAAAAGAAAAUAAUCCUAUAUUUGUUCAAACUAUUACUGGCGAAAAUUAUGCAUAAUUUCAACUUAACUUUGAAAUUUAAUCAUUUAUUUUAAUGAUUCAUUCUGAAACCAUAAUACCAAACAUAAUUAAAAUUCGAAACUUUUUCCUUUUAGGAAAUUUAUCUGUAGAAUAGCAAGUAGAUAUAGUCCAACAGAAACAUUUUCAAAAUAGUACAAAACCAGAAGUUAAACUAAGUUAAAUAAUUUGUAAAACUUGUGUAAGCACGUCCAAUAUGUAAAACAAUGCAUUGUAGGUGAAACAUUGUAAAAUAUAAAAUACUGAUUGUACAAGCCGUUGUUUACUUGUUAGCUUAAAAUACUCUUGUACAUAUAAACUGUUUCUUAAAGUUUAUUUUUAUGUAUAGAAUGAUUUUUUAAUAAAAUAUGACGCAUUA